AUGGAAAGAAUUCUGGAGAUAUAUAAUGACUUCGAAGGUCUAAAAACCUUGGUGGAUGUGGGUGGUGGCAAUGGUUCUGUCCUUCACAUGUCCAUUCUACCCUUAACGAACAUAUCCCAUAACUGGAAUGAUGAGCACUUCAUAAAACUGCUAAAGAAUUGUUAUGAAGCUUUGCAAGACAAUGGAAAAGUGAUUGUAGUGGAUCUGGUAGUUCCAGAAACCCCUGAAACCAGUUUUGCAGCUAAAAGCAUGCUACAGUUCUUUUUCUACAUGACAAGCAUGAAUCCAUGUGUAAAGGAAAGGACAGUAAACGAGUUCAAAAGUUCAGCUAAAGAAGCUGGGUUUUUCAUAUUCGAGUUGCUUGUUGUGCUUGUGCUUUUUCAGAAGUGGAGUUGA